GACGCCGAUCGGCGGCCGGAGCGGACAGCGGCGCGCGCGGACAUGGAGGCUCUCCAGGCCUUCGACAACGAUCUCAAUGCCUUUCUCGAGUACAUGUUCGGGCCCCGAGAUGCCCGCGUGCGAGGCUGGUUCCUGCUGGACUCCUACCUGCCCACCUUCUCGCUCACGGUCGCCUACCUGCUGGCCAUCGUGCUGGGCAAUCGCUACAUGAGAACGCGGCCGGCCUACUCCCUGCGGGGCAUCCUUACUGUCUACAACCUUGGGGUCACGCUGCUCUCGGCGUACAUGCUGGUGGAGCUGCUUCUCUCCACAUGGACCGCAGGCUACAACUUACAGUGUCAGAACCUGACUAGUGCCGGCGAGGGGGAUGUUCGGGUGGCCAAGGUGCUGUGGUGGUAUUACUUCUCCAAGUCGGUGGAGUUCCUGGACACCAUCUUCUUCGUCCUGCGGAAGAAGACGAGCCAGAUCACCUUCCUGCAUGUUUACCACCACGCAUCCAUGUUCAACAUCUGGUGGUGUGUCCUCAACUGGAUCCCCUGCGGCCAGAGUUUCUUCGGGCCCACCCUGAAUAGCUUCAUCCACAUCCUCAUGUACUCCUACUACGGCCUGUCCGUGUUUCCGUCCAUGCACCGGUACCUGUGGUGGAAGCGGUACCUCACCCAGGCCCAGCUGGUGCAGUUCGUCCUCACCAUCACCCACACGCUGAGUGCUGUGGUGCGGCCCUGUGGCUUCCCCUUUGGCUGCCUCAUCUUCCAGUCUUCCUACAUGUUCACGCUCGUCCUGCUUUUCCUCAACUUCUACGUCCAGACAUACCGGAAAAAGCCAACGAAGAGAGACACGGAAGAGCGGGGAGCAGGAACUGAAGCGAACGGACUCUCCAAAGCCUAUUUCAGCUCAUCAAAUGGGGCGCCCCGCAGGAGAGUCCAGUAAGGGCCCCAGGUGCUCCUCACAGCCCCCC